AUGUCUUCUUGGCUAGCUCAGUUGUUGGACCAAAACAGUUCUGAUCCACGUAAUCGUCUAGAGUUAGCUGAACAUAUUUUGGAUGGCUUCAGCCAUCAUCGUCUACCUUCUGAUCCGAGAACACUCAAUGAGUUUUGUGAUGUCAUUUUCCAAUGGAUGUCUGGAAGUAACUUCAAAGUAUGCUUGAAAUCGUUGGAAAUACUCAACUCAGCUUUGGACGUGUCCGGAGACCUCAUUGCUCCUUACUUGUUAGACCGAGUUUCUCUUUUGAUUGAAAGAUUGGGAGAUUCGAAACAACCUGUUCGAGAAGCAACAGUUGGCCUACUCGUCGAUCUAGCUUCAGUACCCCAUUGUAGUCAUCAAUUAGUUCUCGAAAAGGUGUCACCGGGUUUCAAUCAUAAACAAUGGCUUGUGAAGACUACAACAAUGAGUUUAUACCGGAUUCUUUUAGACGAAAGUCAUGACUUUCUGGAAAUACAAACCAAUAGAUUGAUUCCCAUUCUAUGCAAGCUUACAUCUGAUCCAAAUGCUGAAGUCCGUGAUGCUUCUAUGAAUACUCUAGCUCAUGUUAUGGUUGUAUUUGGAGAAAAAUUAGUGAACAGCAUUCGAAACAGACGUCUUCUUCCUGAUAAUAAAAUGCAAGUGUUAACACAAAGAUACGAAGAAGGUAUUCGAAAGGGUUACGUACCAUCUCCUCUCGCCCGCCCAACUAGAGCAGUCCGAACUGUUGAGAGUCGCCCUCCAUCUGCAGCUAAAAGUGAGGCUUCAAUGUCUUUCAAAGCACCACAGUUACCGUAUGGAAGAGGAAGCUUGACCGAUCAGGAAAAUCGUAUUCGACCAAUGUCAGCCUCCAAAGGGGGAAUACCAACAUUAAAACCAGGUACUGCUGGGGCUGUGACCGAAGACGAACUAAGAAAGUCUUUCAGUUUAGUUCCCAAGUGCCAAAUUAAUAGCUCUCAUGAUAUUGUACAACAAGUCGAUAGCAUUAAAAGUGUUUUGGAAAACACAAAUGCUGAUUGGAACAAACGUGUUAAUUCCUUGAAAUUGUUACGCUCUAUUGUAAUUAAUGGUGGUAUGGAUUUUGAAGAAGACUUGCUUACGGGUCUUCGUAAUUUGGAAGAUGCCCUCAAAAUCAAUGUAGCAGAUCUGCGUUCUCAAGUUUGCCGUGAGGCUUGUACAACUUUAUGUUUCCUCUCCGAAAGGUUUGGAGUGAAAUUACUACCCUUAUUCGUGCAGGUUUUACCUACUUGUAUGAGUCUUAUUUUGAACAGUGCCAAAGUCAUGGCUACAUCUGGUUCCCAAGCUUGUGAAUUUAUUGUUAGAAAUGUUGAACAUCCUAAAAUCGUUCCGAUUGUUUUACAAACCGUUAGUCAUAAAUCAAAAGAUGUCCGUAGACAAACACAGAUAUUGAUAUCACAAGUAUUAACCAAUUGGCCUACUGCAAAAUAUGAAAAAAUGCUAAAUUCAAUAGUGGAAGUCAUUAAGGCAGGUAUCGGCGAUGCUGAUAGUAACGCAAGAAUCGCUGCUAGGCAAUCAUAUCAACAAUUAGAACUCAGUUUUCCAAGCCAUGCUCAAGCACUAUAUAAGACUCUGGAUCCUUCUCGGCAGAAAAAUCUCAAUGGUGGAGCCUCAGCUACUUCAUCUUCUCAGAGUAUCACCAGUCUUAAAGAUGGGUUGCAUAUUAACCGACGACCUGGAAGUGGUAUUGCCCGUCCUGGAAGUUUCUUCUCCGGAAGAUCUGCGUCUGCUAUUGAUACACAAUCUGCUAUCAGGGCAACAACACCUUUGAAAAGUUCUUUAAUGGGAACUCCUAGAACUGCAGUUAAGCCAAAUGUUAUCAGAGCAACUACCGCAUUCACACCCCGAAGAGGUACUCCACUCAGACAGAACACCAAUAUUGUAGCUAUGAAUUCACCAGCCAGUGUUUCACAACCUGGAUCGCGUAGUAAUUCUCCUUCUCGUCGUUUUAAUGGUCCAAAUAGUAAGCUUUCAAAUGGCUCUCCAAUGCAUAGAGAUUACAAGAAAAUUAAUAGUUAUGAGAAGCCUGAAGCUCAAGAACUGUUCACAGCUAUCAAGAAUCUCUCUUUAAAUUCCACUGCUAAUGACGACGAGGAAGAUUUUCUAUUGGGCCCUAGGUCAAGACUGGAUAACGCUCAACUGAACGUUGCUCUUAGAGGAUGUGCUUCUGCCAACGUAUCUGAGAAGAGAGAGGGUUUGAAAACUAUUCAUGAUUUGAUGAGAGCGGGUAAGCAGUUUGCUUUGCCAGAAGUCAAACUGAUGACAGAAACUUUUGUUAAAUUAUUGUCAGAGGGCAAUCAUAAGCUAAUGUCAUCGCUGAUAGAAACUUUCAAUGAUUUCAUUCGACUUUAUCACUCAAUGCUUGGAGACACUUUGCAAAUUCUAUUACACAAACUUAUAUAUAAACAUUCAUCUGAGUUAUUGCCAACUAUUAAGAAUUCGUUGGAGUCCGCUCUCAGGACUAUCAGAGAAAAUUUCAAUCCCAAGAUUCAGCUACAGAGUAUAUGUAAAGUUAUUCAAGAUAGUCCGAUUUCAUCGCCUACUGUUAAAGCUAAGAACGGGAUGCUUAUUUAUUUGUUGGAAUUAUUAGAAUCUUCUCAAGAUCCUCUAGAGCUGAACACAGAAGAAUUGAGAUCCGUUUUAAACAAAAUGUUCCAUUGGAUGGAGGAUCCUAAGUGUACAUCUCUUCUCCCGACAUGUUCGAACAUAUUUUCUGCGAUGUUUCAUAGAAAUGUUGCUGAUUUUUCUUCAUUAUUGAAUAGAUUUGAACAGCAUAAGAGAGACUUAGCCCAUGAGCUGUUGAAACGGAAAAAUCCGGAGACGGCGUUAUCAUACGAAGUUGCAGAACAAGAGCCCGUUGACCAAGUCGACAGUCGUGCUACGUCCAACUAUAUGUUAGGGCCUAAUAUAAAUGACUCUAUUAGAUCACCAGAUCGCUCCAGGUUGGCUGACACUUCUACUGGAUCAACCAAGGCGAUUUUGGACUCUACUAUUCAUCUUCGACAUGAUGUCAAUGAGCAGAAGAUCUUUAUUUCUAGAUUGUUCAGUGAAUUGCAAGGCGUUUCGACUAAUCCCGAUAGGAGGAACGAACAAAUUGAAGCUCUCAAUCUUUUAUACCAAAUGAUCAGUGAGGGAUCUUUCAACACUUGGGAGGAUAACUUCAAAGCGUUGUUACUCUCGAUUUUUGACGCAUUAGCAGUAGACGAUGGAAAUCUCAAGAAGAGUGCCCUACGACUAUUAUCCAAAACAUGCUUAUCCCAAGCUUCGCGAUUUAUUGAUCUUGCUGAAAUAACUCUCAUGAAAGUUCUGAACUCUGUCGAUGCUUCGGAUGAACAGAAAAAUCGUAAUAUGCUUCUUGUUAAUACAGCCGAUGAAUGUAUGAAAGUACUGGCUACACAUCUACCUCCACACAUUGUUCUGACAGUCGUUCUACCUAUGAUCAAAAACAUCAACAGCAAUCUAACUGCCUUUUCUUUAAAAAUGAUUGAGCGCUUAGUGGAAGCAAUGGAUUCCGAUGACUUCAUGCCUUACUUGCCGGAAGUUGCCCCAGGAGUAAUCCAGUGCUAUCCCAGUACUAUUUCGUCAGUUCGAAAAAAUUGUAUAUUUUGCCUCGUAGCACUUGUCGAUAAAUUAGGAAAAGAACCAAUGGAAGAAUAUAUGUCCAAAUUAGAGCACAAGGGUCAAAAACUGAUUGACGUAUAUGUCUGCAGAAGACAAACUGCUUCAACGCAUUUCUAG